UGACCAAAGCUGUAGUAGGAGAUACUAGGUUCCAUGCUGUCAGCCAAAUAAUAUUUGGCUCCCAUCCGACCUGCCUUCUUUUACUAGCGGCAGCAGGACGAAUACUCACUUUCGCGUAGCUCGCCAAUGAAGUUUUACCACGAACCUGCAGAAAGAGCUCCUCCAAACCAACCGGUAGGCCCAAGAAUGAAGCUUCAAGGUCAACAUGAAGGUCAACUUGAGAUUGAUCAAGAAGCUGGUCAAGUGAGGAGCUUCGAGAAGCUCGUGAGGUGCCAUAGAGAAGGCCCCAGGGGAGCUGUCAUGCACCCGCCUCCCCCACCAAUGCUGCGCCAUAACCGCACGCUUCAUCCAUCCCGCUCGAGUGCCCCCUGUGCAAAGGGGGGCAGUGAUUGUGCAAGUGCCCCAUGCGCUAAGGGGGGAUUUGAUGGCGCAAUUGCCCCAUGCCCUAAGGGGGGAUGUGAUGGAUCAAACGCCCCCUUAGUAGUCCCCGCUUUCGAAAGAGCAGUUAUGGAGCUCUUAGAGCAGCAGCGGCAGCGGCGGCAGCAGCAGCAGCAGCAGCAGCAGCAGCAGCAGCAGCAGCUUCUGGGUACUCCAGGGGCGAAGUUCACCCAACCAGCCAUGGUCGCAACACACGUUGGACCAGAUGGGGCUGGGAAAAUGAGCCACAUGGAUGCUAAUGCUCAUGCUCUCAGCCCUGACGCCAUGGCUUUAAGCGACUCGGACCUGCUGUCCAGCCUCCAGUAGCAGCAGCAGCAGGAGGAGGCGCCUGGCGAUUGGGCUGAGCUGCUGACUUGUGAUGCCUUCUCCCCAGCAGCAGUGGUGCAGCAGCCGCAGCGGCAGCAGCAGCAGCACACGGCACAGCAGCAUGGGGCAGUUUGAGCACAACCAGAGCACAUAACAUGAUGGUGGAAGCAGGCGAUGCUCUUACUAUCGGCACGGAUGCAGCAGCAGCAAGUGGCGGUGGAAAGCUGGGAGGCACAGGCUGAGCUGGCAGGGCUGACUCUGCCGCCCGACCUGAUCCGAGAAUCGGCACAUGCCGCCCUCGUUGCGCAGAUGCAGAUUCAGGAUCAGGCUUCUGUUUGGUCGGACAUCUCCUGCUCCGCUUCAUCUCAGAUGGAGGGGGCAAUGCCCAAGGCACUAGAUGAUGCGGCUAGUAUGCACCUUACUACGCUACAUGCCCUGCCAGGGCCCUACGCCUUGCCCGACCCCCAUAUUCUGCAGGAGACAGGGACGAGGCUCUGCUACAGUUCCCAAGGGAGCGCAUCGCAUUGAGCAUUCUCUACAGCCCGGGCGGUUCCCUCCCCACCCAGUGCUUCCAAUCGUGUGUCGCUCCUGGGGCUGACUUAACGCCUAUGCCGCCUGGGGCUUGCUUCGCGCCAACCCCGAAUGGGGCUGUCUUCACGUCUAACCUACCUGAGGAUUGCUUCACACCUACCCCGCCUGAGGCUCGCUUCUCGCCUACCGCUCCUGGGGUUUGUGGAACAAGUGAUGGCAGCAGUGGCUUGCCAAUGCAAGAGCCUCCUGCCUCGUGUGCGCCCCCAGCUAAGCUGAGAAAAGUACCGCGGUGGGCAGAAGAGUGCGGAGUGGGGGAGGGUGAGAGGGGAGGAGUGAGGGAGGUGAAGAGGGAGGAGGAGUGUGAGGAGGACUGGAGGCCACGCAUUUGAACGCGACUGGAUGGGCUGUCGGUGGGGCGGGGAUGCAUACAAGCCAGGAGAGAAGACGGCGUGACAAGAUCAGGAUGGGACUGCAGCAGCUGCAUCGAGCCCUACCGUCGUCCCUCUUAAUAGCAAACCUCGACACAGCGUCAAUGGUGGAAGCUGCAGUUCGACACAUAGAAGAUCUGAAGGUACGGAUCAAAGCUCUCGAGAAACCAAGAGCCGGUGGCACCUUGUAGUACAGCAAAAGAAGCCUCAAAAAGACCAUCAAAAGGAGCAUCAAAGGGCACAACCUUUCCAUAGCUCCAUAGCCUUGUACAGUGCACAUCCAAGCUCUACCCUUCAAAAGUUUAGAGGGUAAUGGCUGAAAAAUAAACUAGAAAUCAAGCUCUUCACCGAGUUCACCAUUCCAAAAUAGUAUGCAGCAUAGAGCUUUGAUCUCUAAUGCAGUUUCUGUGGUCU